AUGGUCAGGGAUUACUGCAUCCAAUGUGGAUUUUCUGUUGUGGUUGACAAGGCUAGCAACUUCAAAUACACUGUUAGAUGCAGUGAUGACAAGUGUGAGUGGAAAUUACAUGCUAGUAAGUUGCCUGAUGGGAGCACAUGGGCCAUCAAAUCUAUUCAAAACCAAGAACAUACAUGUCUGGGACUUGAGACAAGGAAUCCUAUGGUCAGUUCAGCUUGGGCUUCAAGGGUCUUAAUGGAAGAUAUUAGAGCAAACAAUGACAUAUCUGCAAAGUCUAUGAAUAAACUUCUUUGGGACAGAUUUAGGGUAGAAAUGUCCAUUAGUACCCUAUAUAGGAUGAGAACAAUGACAUUGCUUGAAAUACAUGGUGCACAUUAUGUUUCUUAUGGCCAUCUGCCUAAGUAUUGUGAAGUGGUGAAAAGCACAAACCCAGGUUCAGCUGCAUUUUGUGCAUGGAAACCACCAAAUGAUCCUGAAAAGCCUCUGGCUUUUGUAUCCAUCUUCAUAGCUUUCAGGGGUGCAUUAGAUGAGUUGUUUGCUGGGUGUAGAAGUUUCAUUGGAGUUGAUGGCACCUUCCUGAAGGGACAUUAUGGUGGGGUGCUACUUUCUGCAGUAGCUCUUGAUGGAAAUAAUGACUUAUUUCCAUUUGCUUGGGCCAUUGUGUCUGGUGAAGACAAUGAGACAUGGAAGUUCUUUGUUUGGCAUCUAAAGAAUGUGCUACAAGACAGUGGGAGAGGAGAUGAAUGGUGUAUCAUUUCAGAUAGGCACAAGUCCAUUGAAGCUGCAUUCUCUGCUUUAUGGCCUAAAGUGGGUAGAAGAUAUUGUUGCAAGCAUUUAGCUUCAAAUUGGAAGAAGGCCCAUCCAGGCCCUUUGAUGUUCAGCUUGUUUUGGAAGGCUUGUGGAGCCACUUCUACCUUCACCUUUAAGAAAGCCAUGGAUCAAAUUCAGAAGGUCAACCCUCAGGCUUUGGUUUGGUUGUCUAAGCUAGGUGAACAAUCAAGAUCGACUAAGCAUAAGUUCAACCCAAAUAUCAAAUGUGAUAUGAACAAAAGCAACUUUGUUGAGAGUUUCAAUGCUACUUUGGGAACGGACAGAUGUAGACCAGUGUUGACACUCUUAGAAGGGAUAAGGAGGGUUACUAUGGUCAGGCUAGCCACAAGGAGACAAGUAUGUGAAGAAUGGGAGAGAGAUGAUGUUUGCCCAAACAUCUUGAAAAGAAUUCAAGUGCUUAAAGAACCUGUUAAGCACAUAUCUCUGAUGAUGGUGAAUAUGAGAUUGGCUAUACUUCAUGCUGGGCUGGAUCCUUUGAAGUUCAUUGAUGACAUGUACACUGUAAAAGUGUACAAGCUUGCUUAUGCACAAUGUAUUAAGUCAGUGCCAGACUUUGAACAAUGGCCUGACAUUGAUCUUCCUACUAUUCAGCCACCAACAAUCAAAAGGAAAGCUAGUAGGCCUUGUAGGAAUAGGAAAAGAGGUGAGGAUGAAGCAAGAAAGGGGAAGAGAAGCUGCACUGUUCAGUGUAAGAAGUGCAAGAGCUUUGGGCACAAUGCUAGGACCUGUAAAGGUGGACCAACUAAUGCACAAACUACUCAAAGGAAGACCAAGGGCAAGCAAGCAAAGCAGCAAGCAACAAGCAAGCAGUAA